CGCGUGGACCGCCUUCCACCAACCAAUCGUCACGCUCCGGCCGGUCGGACUUCCUGGUUUGCCUGGGUUUGUUUUUCUGUGCUGACAAUGGCAGCAGAGGGUGAUUUUCUGGCGAGAUACCGCGCUGUGUCAAACAAGCUCAAAAAGCGUUUUCUGCGGAAGCCAAAUGUAGCGGAGGCAAGUGAGCAGUUUGGUCAGUUAGCCAAGGAGCUGAAGCAGCAGGACUGCCUGCAGUAUGCUGCCUUCUGUAACCUGGCCAUGGCUCGAUGUGAGCAGACUCUUUUUAACGCUCCUGGAGAGGCCCUGGCUUUAACCGAUGCUGCUCGCCUCUUUCUUUCCUCUGAGAAAGAGAACUGGGCCCUACAAGCCCCGGGCUUCGAUGAGCACCUUCAGGCUGCUCUCAACUGCUACAGCUUUGCCAUCAAGGUUUACAUAGAAAUGAACCAGCCUGUGAUGGCAGCCAGUCUGUGUCUGGAACUUGGCAAUGCACUCAAGGAGAUGAACAGACCAGGAGAAGCUAUUGUUCAUUAUCAAAGGGCUGCAGAGUUGCAGACACAAAUGCCAAUUGAAGCACUGCUGUCAAUGGGAGAAAUGGCUACUUGUAAAAUUUUGACUCGUGACUAUGACGGUGCUCUGUCAGUUUUCACAGAGAUGCAGCUGAUGUGCCAGGAGAGGGGACUGCAGCUGCCUGGCACCAGCACCCCUGUCGGUGCAUUUCUAGACAUUGUAGCAAAAUGUGAGAUCUCCAGAGUACUGCUGCUUAUGUUGCUUGAGCCUCCACCCCAAAAGUUGUUACCAGAACAUGCACAGACUCUGGAGAGAUAUGCAUGGGAAUCUUUUGACCCCCAUAGUCAAGUAACCUUUCUUCCUGAAAACGUUUUUCUGCUCUUGCAGUCAGUAGUGAUGGCAUGUCAGGAAAAAGACACGGAGUCUCUCAAGUCUCUUCAGACUGAGUUAUGGCCUUUUCUGACUGCUGAGCAGAAUCACCUUCUCCACCUAGUGGUUCAGGAGCGCAUUACACCAUCUGGCCAAGGCAUUUAAUAGUGCCGGUUUUACUUCCUUCCUCUGGGAACGAUUCUUCAUGUAAUGGAACAUUCUUGUUUCUGACUUGGCCUGUUGUAAGGCCUGAAUAGUGUUUUCAAGACGUCAGUGUUGUAAGUUGCAGUCAGAGAGAAGCAUGCAGUACAAAAAAGUGGACAUUGUUAAGCAAAGCCAGGCAGAUUUAGAAACAGUAGCGUUUUGUAGUACUGUACACAGACCUUCAUUAGCCUGAUGUGGGGAUGUUUGUUAGGCUGUUUCACAUAGACCUAAACCCAAGUGAAUGCUACAAAACCGGUCCAAUGAAUACAUAUUUAUUUUGUAAUGACUGUUUAAGAUUUAUAGCAGGGUAAUAAGUGAAACACAAAUUCUUGUAUAACUUGUUUUAUUUAUAAUUGAUAUGGCUUAAAUCCCAGAAUAACAGAAUGUUCUGUUGCAUAGUUCUUUAAUAUAAUUACAUGAAACAC